AUGGGAAACUUCAGCUCUUGCCUCUGCUCCGGCAGCUCGAGCACUCAGUCCGCCAAGCUGCUCGAUCCCCACGGGAGCCUCCUGCGGUUGGAUGUCCCGGUGCGAGUGGCCGAGCUCAUGCUGGAGUAUCCCGGCCACCUCGUCUCCUCUCUUGACAGGGUUCGUGGGACUGGCCGAUUCAUUGCCCUUCGAGCUGAUGACGAGCUUCUGGCAGGAAAGGCUUAUAUAACAGUGCCUUUUAACCGGAUCGACUGCAGGGCCACUGAGGACGAGCUGGCGGUUAUUGAAUCGGCGCGUAAGGGGGGGCGGGAUCUUGACACGGGCAGCAAGGUCUUUCGGGAUGUUGUCGUGGAAGCCGACGGGAAGGAUGGAAAGAAGGGAGGUGAUGGCCUGCUUGGGGGACAGCAGCAGCAGCAGUUGAGCUGCUAUUGGAGUCACAGGCAGUGGAAUCCUGUCUUGGAGCCAAUUUUCGAAGAUCAAGGAGUUCUUUGA